GCUGAUAAACUGGACGUCCUCUCAGCUGCUGCCACUCAGGACCCUGAAGGUUUCCUGGGACACCCGGUGAAUGCCUUUAAACUGAUGAAGAGACUCAACACUGAGUGGGGGGAGCUGGAGAGUCUCGUGCUCACAGACAUGUCUGAUGUGUUCAUCUCCAACCUCACCAUCCAGAGGCAGCACUUCCCCAACGAUGACGACCAGACCGGAGCAGCCAAAGCCCUGAUGAGGCUCCAGGACACCUACCAGCUGGACACCAACACCAUCUCCACCGGGGAGCUGCCAGGCUCGUCCUCGGCUGCCUCGCUCCGGAGCGCUCUGACGGUGGACGACUGCUACGACCUCGGGAAGGUGGCGUACUUGGAGGCCGACUACUACCACACGGAGCUGUGGAUGGCUCAGGCCCUGAAGCAGCUGGAGCAGGAAGAGACGGCCGGCACCGUGGAUGCCGUCACCAUCCUGGACUACCUGAGCUACUCGGUCUACCAGCAGGGGGAGCUGGAGAGAGCGCUGGAAUUCACCAAGAGGCUGCUGGAGCUUGACGCGACGCACCAGCGAGCCAACGGGAACCUGAAGUACUUUGAGUACCAGCUGGCCAAACAGAAAAAGGUGGAGGGGAGAGAGGAGCGGGAGGAGGCUGAGUGGAAACAGAGUAGGGAGACCCGGGGUCGACCUGACGAUUACCUGCCAGAGAGGAGGAAGUACGAACAGCUGUGUCGAGGCGAGGGCAUCAGGAUGACUCCUCGCAGGCAGAGCCGCCUCUUCUGCCGUUACCAUGACAACGACCGCCACCCGAGGUACGUGAUUGGGCCGGUGAAGCAGGAGGACGAGUGGGACCGCCCCCGCAUCGUCCGCUAUCAUAACAUCGUGUCGGACAAAGAGAUGGAGAAGGUCAAAGAGCUGGCCAAACCCAGGCUGCGUCGAGCCACCAUCUCCAACCCUGUAACCGGUGUACUGGAGACGGCCCACUACCGCAUCAGCAAGAGCGCAUGGCUCGGCGCGUAUGAACAUCCAGUGGUGGACCAGAUCAACCAGAGGAUCGAGGACAUCACCGGCCUGGACGUCACCACGGCUGAGGACCUGCAGGUGGCUAACUACGGCGUCGGAGGACAGUACGAGCCUCAUUUCGACUUUGGACGGAAAGAUGAACCAGACGCUUUUGAAGAGCUGGGGACAGGAAACAGAAUCGCCACCUGGCUGCUUUACAUGAGCGAUGUACAGGCAGGGGGCGCUACAGUCUUCACUGAUGUAAGAGCUGCUGUCUGGCCCAAAAAGGGGACGGCGGUGUUCUGGUACAAUCUGUACCCCAGCGGAGAAGGAGACUAUCGGACCAGGCACGCCGCCUGUCCGGUUCUAGUCGGAAACAAGUGGGUGUCUAAUAAAUGGAUCCAUGAACGUGGGCAGGAGUUCAGGAGACGCUGUGGCCUCCAGGAGACGGACUGACGACCGACUGAUCAACACUCCUCCUCCUCCUCCUCUUCUUCUUCUGCAGCCAUCUGAGUCUGUGGCUGCACGUGUGAUCUAAUGCUUUUUUUUUUUGUUCUCAACAUUGUGAGCGAGUGAGUUGCAGUGCGUGGGGCCUGUCGACACGUGGAAGGGUUCCACCGAUACGGACUUUUUAAAAGCCGAUAAUGAGAAUUAAGUUUCCGAUUCUGGCCGUGCAGAAGGCUGAUUACACACGGCAGAGGAUCAAUAAGACGCGUCUGCUCGGCUUCGUAGGGAUUCACGUCGGGGGCGACUCGCCAGCUGACCUCACCCUGCGUGUUCAUCUGCACAGGCCAGUCUGUUAACAUGCCUGAGGCUUUUGAAAACUUAAGCUUGGACUUAGGGAAAUUGGGACGGCCGCCUUUCACCGUUUCUGACAUUUUAUUUACCAAGUAAUAAACAAUUAAUAGUUAAUUGUUAGUUAAUAAUAGUGAUAAAAUCCUCGUUUGCACAAAACUUUAUCAAAGUGAACUCAUAAAUUGGUUGAGCGAGAAAAUCAAAACCUAAAAUUCACUUCUGGUCGUAUUUAUGUGGAGAAAUGAUCGUGCUGUUACAGACAUGACUACAUGCUCUUAUUUUGAAAUACCCUGCUGUUGCUGGUCCUACUCGUGGUGUCACCUGGACUCAACAGGAUCAAUAGCUUUGACUGACAAUUAACAGGCAGUGUGCUGCCGCGGAUUCUCUCUCUCCCCCUUGUUCUUCAUCUAUGUGACUCGCCCACCGUCUCAGUCCCACCCACUGUCACCUCCCCUCCCGGUCUGACCGGUUACACCCCCCUUUUCCACCAAUGCCAUCUGUGUUAGCGUGCGUUGAAGCUAUUUCAGCCUUGAGGUCAUUCACUCGCUGCGGGGACAAACAACAGACAAACACUGACAUUUAAAAGAGGCACACUAUGUACCCCCACCCCCCACCCCCCACCUCUGCUCACCCUCCGACUGUACCUCGUCCUCUAGUUUCUUUUAUUUAAACUGUCGGACACAUUCAGCUCCAGCCUUACUUUAGCUUUUGACCAUUUUUGACAUUUUUGUCUCUUAGUUUUUAAUUCGAACAGUUGACGCGCAUCCGCAUCUUUUUAAAUCAGCUUUGACCAAACACUGCAGAAUCAUUCACUGCUUUCCAGUAACAAACGAGAGAAAGCGAAGUCAGAUUCAGUCUGGAAACACAACACUGGUUCAAGAGUUCAAACCUUUAAAGGAAUAGUUCUUCCUUGCCGAGAGUUAAAUGUUCAGAAUACGUCUAACGCCACUUAUUUUUAACUGCAAUUUGUCAUUUUUACUCUUCCGUUUUUGUGUGGAUUGAACAGGAUGAGUUGAUAAGGUUUACAGCUCUUUUAUCGCGUUUGCUUAAUCCAGACAAAAACAGACCUGUAAGUUUUACGGGGGUAAUGUGACCGACUAUUUCUUGGGGGGGAUUUAAUGGACGUGACGGUGGUAUUGAUGUUCUCAUCUGACUCUUGGCAAGAAAUUUUGGCAAGUGUUUUUCUUAAAAUGUCAAACUAUUCCUUUAAUGUUGAAAAAUAAUUUAAAUAUUUUAGUUUACUAAAACCGUCCAUCUGAAUGUAAGUUGGUUUGAAUGUCCCUCUGUGAAAUCACCAAAACACCAAAACAGGCCCCUGAUAAAUUAGUCUGGACCCGGUGCGGUGUGAAAACCUGAAAUGGACUUCAAUAGUGUUUACAUGGUUUGAACUCUGUGUUUAUCACUGAUUAUGAGUAGUAGUUGUACUUUUUCAAGUCCGUGUAAACGCAACGCUCACGUGCUCAUAUCUACAUUUAAGGAGUAAUGCGACUGAUGCGUGGCUUCGGCAUUCGCAGUCGGACAAUCAAGCGUUUAACUUUGGCCCGGCAGUCACGUGUAGGUCGCACUGCGGGUGUUUUUUCCAGCCAACAAACCUACAGGCAACAACCAGGACGUAUCAGCAAGAAAACACUGUCCAGGAAUAACCCACGGAGCUUUGCACAGACCAGUGGUGCGUUCGCGUCAUCGCGGAAAAACUGUUUUUGCUUGCACCUCCUCCGUUGUUGAGUGUGCUGUCCGACAUCGAGCUGCUCUGACCUUUUGCGAACGCAACCAAUCGCCGUCGACCACUGCCUGACCUGAAACUAAUGACUUAAACUAAUUUACCACUAAUGACUAGUGGUAAAUACUGCGGCGACCAGCGCGAAACAUGCAGCGCAGCACCCUUGUUUUCCCGCUGUAAGUUGAACACUCCUACCCACUUGGUUUGUCGAUCCCAGACCGCAGGAGCGUCACGUUUAUCUUCCGCUGAGCUUGAGGAUUGUGUCUGAAAUCACUCCGUUACUGUACAGUGGCACCAUAUUUACUUAUAUUUGAGUGUCCAAAUUAUGUGUUAAUGAAUCCACUAAUUAUUGGCCUCAAAACUUACAAAAUUGAUCAAUGCAGCGCUCCACAUUUUACAGAUAUGAACGUUGUUAUGCAGCGAGUAGUGAACGAGUGAUUUUGGACGCAGCCUGGAUUUCGUCCAUCUUUUGUCGCGCUACAAAGGAAUCACUUCACAGCCCGUUUGAACAGCAGGUGCGAUUAAAGCGACCAGUGACUGUUUCAACGCAUAUGAGCACGUGAGAACUAACACAGACUUAAAAAAACAAACAAAUCUUAAACGAGUCCUCUUUGUCUUCUAAAAGUCUACCUGUUCGUCUGUCCUUCAUCACUCCUUCACUGACCCCAGAGCUGUAUCACUGAAAACAUGUCAGCCUAGUUUUUAUUUUCUGCAAAGUGAAGUUACACUCCUGUUGAUGUGUGUUACUGAAAUGAUUGUUCUGUUAAAAAACAUUCAAGAAUGUCAUGGUUGAUGUGUUCUGUGAAGUGUAAGAUGACGAAAAAUAUGUUUCUAUGCAGAAUAAAUAAAGUUAAAGUGCUACUGCGGUUUUUGUUUUUUAAACUGAAUUUUAAAAUGUCAU